GUAACGUUAGUAUUGACAGAGUAAGUCGCAAAUAACAUUUCUAACGAGUAAGAUGGAAUCGAGCAACGUAUUCAAUACUGCUGUUAGAGUGAAAAAUGAGCCACUUGAUGAUAAUGAUUACAAAAUAAUUGACACGAUACCCGUCACUCAAAAUAUUAAAUGCGAGAUGUUUCGGCAAGAAAAUUCAACCCAAGAGCUUUUUCAAGAAUAUGACGAAAAUCAGGAAAAUGAACUUGACGACCUGGAAAUCGAAAUGGAAUGUACCGACAUCAAGCCUAAUUUAUUAUUAGUUGCGAAAAUUGAAGAUCAUUCUCCAAAUCAAUGGCAGGAUAGCGAUGUUUAUAAAAACGGAAGCAAAAUAAAACUUGAAACUGUCGGAGCAAUGAAGAAAGAAGUUUUUUGUAAAGAAGGAACUGAUUUGAAUUUCGGGCGUGGACUCAGCGAGCAAAAUAAACAAGGAACUGUUUCAAAAGAGCUGAACAAUGAAAAUAGGCUCAAAACUCACAAUGAUACUACGCAUAAUAAAAUCACACAUGAUUGUGAUAUUUGCGGAAAAUCAUUCAAAUAUAAGUGUGAUCUCCAAAGACACAUGAAUUCGGUGCAUCGUAAAAUAAGGCAUGCAUGCAACAUAUGCCAAAAUACGUUCUCAGAGAAGAAAAGUCUCAGAAAUCACAUCGAUUCGGUGCAUAAUGAAGUCAGACAUGCGUGCGAUAAAUGCCCAAAGAAAUUCUCAGACAAGGGUAAUCUCAGAAGGCACAUCGAUUCGGUGCAUCGUAAAAUAAGGUAUCGAUGUGAUGAAUGUGGGAAAUCAUUCAGAUAUAAGGGUCAUCUCCAAAGACACAUCGAUUCGUUACAUCGUAAAAUCAUGCAUCCAUGCGAUAUAUUCCAAAAGACAUUCUCAGACAAGAGUAGUCUCAAAACGCAUAUGGACGCGCUACAAAAUGGAAUCACCCACGCAUGUGAUAAAUGCCAAAAGACAUACUUAGACAAAAGUAAUCUCAAAAAGCAUAUGGAUGCGGAGCACAGUGUAAUCACCCAUACAUGUGAUAUUUGUAAAAGAAAAUUUAAAUAUCGAAAUAGUCUCGCUAGACAUAACAGAUUGUCUCAUAAUGGUACCACUUAUUCAUGCAAGACAUGCGGCAAGACAUUUAGACAGAAAAGAAAUCUCAGAGCCCACAUCGAUAUGGCGCAUCGCUCGCUCAAUAUGACCUAAUAAAUGUUUAAAAUUUAUGUUGAAUUAAGUUACAAAUCAAAA